UGAAUACAGAUUGAAGUAUAUGAUGCAUGCAAUUGGACUGUGUAUGAAUACAGAUUGAAGUAUAUGAUGCAUGAAGUAUAUGAUGCAUAUUUUUGAAUCCAAUGUAUGUAGAAAGAAAUCAUGCAAAGCACUGUCUGGUAAUGGGAUGGGCAAGUGGGCCUAUUAGUCAGAAAGGUUUUGGAUUGAGGCACUGUCCCCCAAGGGUUUCAGAAGGAAAUGCCGUGUGAGCCACCAUUUUGUUUCUAGGAUCCUACUUUUAAUUUUUAUUUCAGCCUGGAGCUUAUGUUGUAUAUAGAUAGACUAGAGACAGUGACUGUAUAUGGUCAUAACUAUUUCACAUGCUACUCAUGUCAGCUGACUGAAGCAAAAAGUCUUUAUGAUCAAAGUGGUUUUUAGUUCUCAAGUUGUAGGGGUUUGUUGGAAAAUAACUUGACCAGCAUUAAAAACCAAUAAUGUGGCAAUGUAUAUGUUCACAUUUAGCAAGUCAAUCAAUAGAGUAAGACCACAAAUACACUUUUCUUCAUCAGGUAUAAUAUGAUGACCUAUUACUAUGUACAAAUACAUUAUGAAAAUGGUUUAAAAUAUUUAUUUUUCAGUUGGCUGUCUGUAGUGUUACAUGUUUCAAUGUGGAGUGUAUGAGAAAGACUGCUGCCUAUUCCCUCAACCAGCCUGAGGUCACGACAGGCAAAAGCAGUAGUGGUGGGGGGGUUGGUGGGGUCGAGGUGAUACUCCCUCUUUGCUGCAGCCCAUUCUCCAUCUAUCAGAGAAAGUGAUGUCUUGGAGGAGGCAACAUGUUCCCUAGCAGGAGCACCACUGCAUCUCUUAGCUGCAGAUAAGGAGAUUAGUUACUAGGGUUAACCUGCGUCAGCAAACACGGGUCAGUCGUGGGGAUUAUCACAUAUACCUGGGACUUACACAUCACCUCCUUAAAUUCAACCAGCUGUUUACUUUAAAGCAGUUUUAAUUGUGUAUUGUAUUGUAUUUUACACGUAUUGUGCUUUUAAGUGGAUGAUUCUUUACAGCUGUUCGCGGAGCGUCUCAAAAUCCAGAGAUUCUUGUCACAGGAGUGUGUGUGGGGUAACAUUGAACGUGGCAUGUUUAAUCUGGCGAAGUGCAAGACAGUCCUGGCUGUGGGACUACGACCACUCCAGCUUGGGAGCUUGGAGGGGUGAGCUGAGACAGGAUAACACCCUCUCCCGCUAGGCAGCUGGGACGGGGGGCAUCCCUGUCACACCUCAACAACUAUACCCAUGCCACUUACCAACAAUAAAGUGGGUGAUGAUGGCACUGCUACGGCGGCAAAUCCCCCUGAAGAUGGGAAAACCAUGGUGGACUGCCUUGUCAAGGUUGUGGCCUGCCACCGGCACCUUGCCUCUUGUGUGGGCGGCAGCACCGACAGCCCUCACCUGCGACAGGAGUUACGGCAGACCCGGGAGCGGGCGCACGAGCUCGUGGUGUCCUGUCGCCAGCACCUCACCUCCAAGCUGAAGGACAAAGCUCUGCCUGAGGCCGAGCGCAAGGAUGCCGAGCUGCUGUGGGUGGCCUUCUCCUCCUCAGUGGAGCUCCUCCACGCCGACAUGUGCAAAGUGUUUAAAGUGGGCAACAACUUUUCCCUGGCCAACACCUGUGCCUUGGUGCAGACUGGGUUGCAAGGUGACACCAAAGAAGUGGCCGCCCGCGCUCUGAGCCUGUCCAACCUGCAGCACGAGGAGACAGGGGCCCAGUCUGACAGCGUGGAGCACCAGGAGCUGACCCAGCUGGAGCAAGAGAUUGCCCAGGUGGACCGCACCAUCGAAGAGAUGGAGCAGAAGGUCAACGUCAUGCGCUGGACAGUGGAGGCCCGAGGGCCGCAGUACGGCGAAAUGGUCAGCACAGACAGCGCCUCCCUCUCUCUCCUGGGUGGAGAUGAGGAGGCCUCACCCCAAGGCACAUUUCAACAGAGCCAGAUCUUUAUGAUCAUGGCCCUAUGCGGUGUGGCAGCUGUAGCCGUAGCCAUCUGUGUCUGUGUCGUCUUUCUCGUAUGAGGGAGAGGUAGCAGUGGGAAGCAAACAGUUAAUAAGGACAUCCAUGGACAGACAGUUAUUGACAUUUUGUCUUACCUGUGCUGUGGAGACAUUGAGGGCCAAAUGACCUGUCAAUGAUGUUGAAGGACUGAGGACUAUAUCUUCCAUCAUUUGUGGGCAAUUUUGGGCCCAACGGAUCCACUAGUUGAUUUAGAAAUAUAAUAGGGAGUCUAUUUAAUGAUUUGAUUGACCGCAAAAAGAAUUACAUGUUGUUUUUUGGGGCAGCCGUGAACUACUGGU